CAAGCAGGCUUCCCAAAUGCUUAAUGUAAUCACGGGCCAGCUGCGUGCACUUGUAAAGUUGUUAUAACCCCCUCCUUGUUAUAAACAGGAAAGCGCAGAAUAUAAAGCAAGAGCCCCGCAUUCACAAACACCAGCUCCCCCGCGCCAGCUGCCAGACUCCCCUUUUAUGGUGUUCCUCGCUUUCAACCAACUUCAGCCGCAUCAGAAAGACCUUGGCUUAUCCCCUGAGCUCUUCAACCGGUUUAUUUUGAAACGUUGAAGACCAGGUACCCCACACGCUCUCCAGCUCCCCACACCCGGUGCGUUGGCAGGAGAAGCUGGGUGCCUGGAGGCCUCUCCUCUGGGUUCCCAGGGAGCCCUGGAGGUCGAGGCUUGCCCCCUCCAGGAUAUUAGGCCCCUAAGGGGGCCGCCAAACUCCUGCGGAUUUCCUGAGGAUUUCCCCCAAGGACGGUUUUUCUGCCCAGACUCCCAAACCUCUUAGACACGCCCCUGCCCCCAGCCCCCAAAUUUCUAAAAGCUUUCAAAGACCCCAGAAGACAUUUUAUGAGACUGUGCCCUAUCUAUAUCUUCUAUCAAUCCUGGGAGAAGAAAAGCCUUUACGUGGGAGGCCGCGGAUUACGGGGUUCCCCCAGGCCGGCGGUAAAACUCAGCCUUGCGCCCCCGCCCCCAUCUCCACUUCUCCUUCCUGGCCCGCAGACCCCGCGCAGAGCCACCGCGGUCCACAUCCUGCCUCGCUGACUGUGUGUGCUUACAGCGUCAAGGGGUGGACGUGAUAUUUCAAACAUCAGAUCAGUGCGUUUAUAUAUUGGGUGCCCGGAAAUUUUUCCAAAUAAACACAGCUUGAUUCAACUUGGGUGGGCGGACUUAUCAACAGACUAAUUCUAUAAACAAAUGAAGGAAUAGCCCCGAAAGCGAUUGGCUGGUAUCAAAAAGACACGUGGAGGGAAAAGCUUGGAGUUUUUCAGCAAUGAAAUUUUAAUUAAUGUGGGUGGGCUGAGAACACAACGACUGUUUAUCAUAGACAAUUUAUUUUCCAGCGCUAAGUCAACAUAUAAUAGCAAACUUACAACAAUUAUUUAACAUUUUUAAAGCCAUGAAGAAGGGACAGAGUGCUGAGCGGCCGGGCAGAGCAGCAGAGCGGGAGGCGGACGCUCGGCGGGCUCCCCGGGAGGGCCCUUGCGGAGCGGGGUGCAGCGCCGGCUCCCGCUCGCCAUGAGCCACCUCUUCAGCCCGCGGCUGCCCGCUCUGGCCGCCUCGCCCAUGCUCUACCUGUACGGCCCCGACGGCCCCGGGCUACCUCUGGCCUUCGCCCCCGCGGCCGCCCUGGCCGCCUCGGGCCGGGCCGAGCCCCCGCAGAAGCCGCCCUACAGCUACAUCGCGCUCAUCGCCAUGGCGAUCCAGGACGCGCCCGAGCAGAGGGUCACGCUGAGCGGCAUCUACCAGUUCAUCAUGGACCGCUUCCCCUUCUACCACGACAACCGGCAGGGCUGGCAGAACAGCAUCCGCCACAACCUCUCGCUCAACGAGUGCUUCGUCAAGGUGCCGCGCGAGAAGGGGCGGCCGGGCAAGGGCAGCUACUGGACCCUGGACCCGCGCUGCCUGGAUAUGUUCGAGAACGGCAACUACCGGCGCCGGAAGAGAAAGCCCAAGCCGGGCCCCGCGGCCCCCGCGGCCAAGCGGGCCCGAGCCGAGACGCCCGAGCGCGGUGCAGAGGGGCGGCCAGAGGUGGAGGGCGGGGCAGGGCGCCCCGGCCCCGGGACGCCCCGCCGCGAGGGAGCCCCCGCGCGCCCCGCGCCCCUCCGGGAGGGCCCCGCGCCACCGGCGCCCCCCUACCGGCCCGGGCCCGCGUCCCCUGAGGACAGCGCGGGCGACGCAGUCCAGGGCGCGGCGUCCGUGGCCGACGGCCAGCCAGCGCGCACGGUGGAUGGCCCGCGGUCCCCCGCGCGCCCCGCCUCCCGCCGCUCCCCGAAGAGCUCCGACAAGUCCAGGAGCUUCAGCAUAGACAGCAUCCUGGCGGGGCGGCAGGGCCAGAAGCCGGCGGGAGCGGCUGCCCGACGCGGUGCUGCACUUCCAGUAGAGCGAACCGGCGCGGGGCUUUCCCCUGAGGUCUGGGCUCGUGAGCGACCCCGGCCCCUCCACUGGGGCAAGGAGUCACGUUUUUUUAAAAAAAAGGAUCGUCUCCUCUGCCAACGUGUGGACCCUGGGAAGUGGUGUCGGCUUCUGCGCGCAGGUGGGAACGCUCGCCUGCCUGCUCCUUGGCGAGGCGGAUUUUCCCAGAAUUGAGGCUUUGGAGACUUACACAGACCCUGUCCACGGGGACUUGGGCAUCUCAGACCUCCUACCGCACAAGCAGCAUUCCUUAACCUUAGAUCAACCUAGUGGCCUGCCAUCUUCCCACCCACACAGGUCCUGUGUGUCCCGGGGGCUCGCCAGGGCCCAGAGAGCCCGAGGGCAGGGCCGUGGGACGCAUGUGGCUGUCUCAGUCUGACGGCCACGGUACCACCGUAGCCAGCUCGGUGGUGGCUGUGGCCCAGGCCUUGGCUUUGAGACCGUGGGGGUGAUGAGUGUUCACGGUGAGGCUUGUCCCUGAAGUCUAUUUUCCAGGUUCUUUGGGAGAUCUAGGGCCUGAUGAGGAUUUGUGACCAAAGUCCAGGUGGAAGUGGAGAAAAAACGCUUUUAUUUUAAAUAGAGAAUUUUUCUUUUAUUUUCUUCUAGACAGCAAAGGAGCAUGCUAUAUACUCAUGCUAAAGGCUUGGCGCUUCUCAUUAUAGCGAUUGCCCUGUGGAAGUUCUAUACUUAACAAACAACUUCUAUUAAGAAAGCAUACUCUAUACGGUCCAGCAUUUUGUUGCAUUAUGAUAGCUCAUUAGUCAACACACAUGUUCUCCAAGGCAUGUUACAAACAUUUCUGGACAUCUUGUCUUUUGCUUUUGUUUUUAAGGAAUCAGAGGAUUUCAGGGACACCAAAAGUGUGUGAGGGGGAGGGAAGAUAUCUCAGACAAUAGAAGAUUUUUAUUUGCAUGUUUUUCAAGAUCUAGGUUUAAUUUUUUUGCGGGGGAGGCUACAUUUUCCAGAAUUUUGUUGGGAAGAUCUACUUUUUAUCCAAAAAGCUGGGUGAAGCACACACACAAAAGCAGAUAGAGAGCUGGGUUAUGCCGGGCAAAAUAAGGGAGUCUGCUGGAGGGCACCUCUCUGGACCCCAAAGGUUACAAGGCUUAAUGGGUGGAUUCUACCAGACUCCCCCAGCCUGCAGCCCUGUCCUUCUUUCAGGCCCCUACCAGGCAGGCCUAGAGCCUGCAGCUAAACAAACACUUUACAGAGGUGACUGGAAGUCUGGCAGGGUGGGGGGCAGGAAUUUAGGGUCUGCAACAAAGGUCUGGUUAAGAAAAUGGAGGUUUCACAGCCCAGUUCUGCCUAGAACUUUAGGGAAAUGCAUCUAACCUCUUACGGAAUCUCUUUGAGUUACCUUGGGUUCUGAAACUUGAUUUCCUGAAACUCCAAGUUACUUUAAUUUUAUCUGAUGUGGGAAAGGCACGAAAGUCUUGAGUUCUUGGAGAUAGGCUGAGAUAGGUCUUCAAAAUAAACUUUUCAAAUAGUUUCCAGGACUUAACAUAAAAAUGAACACAAACUUUACAUCAAGAGAGCCUGUUGGUUAAGAUAUUGGAAAGGACAUUUUGGACAAGCAUAAAAAUCUAAUAAUUAGUAGGCACAGAGUUGUCUUUCUGAGAAUUCAUUCUUAAAGCCAUGUGCUACUGACCCAUGAAUAUUUCCCGGUAGGGGAAACAUUUUACCCAGGCUGGUGGGAACACGCUGGUGAGCUGAAGAGCAUCCUUGAUUUUAAGAACUUGGAUGAGACCCCAUUGUUGAGAUCCAGGCUCACUGUGAGAAACUUAAAACAUGGUGCCAGGGCUGUCUCUGGAUAUUUUGUUAUCCCGAAGUCUCAGCCUCUGUGAAUAAAGUUGUUUUUU